AACGUCUCGAAAUGCCAAACCCCAACAACUCGCCCGCCAUAAAUACUCGCACGGAUCGAUAUUUUCCGGCGAAUCUCGACCGUCGAAAAUCGCCAUGGCUUCUUCUUCCCAUGGCCCUCCGGAGAUUGCGAUGGAGCUCCACGCUCUCAAUCGCGCGAAGCUCGUGCAUUCCUUCCGCCAAUAUCUCAAAGCUUCGUCACUUCCCCUCUUCGGUUUCAUCCUGUUGCAGGGCGGCGGGGAGCAGUCGCGGUACUGUUCCGAUCAUGUACCUCUCUUCAGGCAGGAGAGCUAUUUUGCAUAUCUAUUUGGAGUAAGGGAGCCUGGCUUCUAUGGAGCAAUUGAUGUAUCCAUUGGGAAAUCUGUUCUUUUUGCACCAAGGUUAACUGAAGAUUAUGCCAUUUGGUCUGGCAAGAUAAAACCAUUAUCCUCUUUCAAGGAAAGGUAUAUGGUGAGCUUGGUAUGCUACAGUGAUGAGAUUACUGAAGUGUUGAAAAGUCAUUACCGAGGCCCUGGAAAACCUUUGCUAUAUCUCUUACAUGGGCUCAACACUGACAGCAAUAAGUUCUCCACGCCAGCCAAAUUCGAGGGUAUUGAGGCAUUUCAGACAGAUAUGACCUCUCUACAUCCUAUCUUAUCUGAGAUUCGUGUUUUAAAAUCCGAACUGGAAAUCAGCCUCAUUAAAUAUGCCAAUGACAUAAGUUCAGCGGCACACAUAGAGGUUAUGCAAAAGUCAAAAGUUGGAAUGAAAGAAUAUCAACUGGAGAUGAUAUUUCUCCAUCAUAUAUACAUGCAUGGCGGUUGCAGACAUUGUUCCUAUACGUGUAUAUGUGCCACCGGGGAAAAUAGUGCCUUCAUUCACUAUGGCCAUGCUGCUGCUCCCAAUGAUCGGACACUGGAGGAUGGUGAUAUUGCAUUGAUGGAUAUGGGGGCAGAAUACCAUUUUUAUGCCUCUGAUGUUGCAUGUUCAUUCCCUGUAAAUGGAAAAUUCACUGAUGAUCAACGUCUUGUGUACAAUGCUGUUCUGAAAGCACAUAAUGCGGUUCUCUCUACAAUGAAACCAGGAGUGAACUGGAUAGACAUGCACAAGUUAGCUGAGAAAAACAUUUUGGAGUCCCUGGUUGCAGGAGGAAUUCUUGUUGGUGAGGUUGACAGUAUGAUGGAAGAAAGAUUGGGAGCUGUCUUCAUGCCUCAUGGCAUUGGACAUUUUCUUGGGCUUGAUGCACAUGACCCUGGCGGCUAUCCUAAGGGGACGGAGAGGCCAACUGAACCUGGACUAAAGGCUUUGCGAACAACCAGAGAACUCAAAGAAUGCAUGGUAAUAACGGUUCAGCCAGGGUGUUAUUUUAAUGAUGUUCUCCUAAUGCCCGCAAUGGAAAACCCAAACACAUCCAAAUUCUUCAACCAAGAAGCCAUCGAAAGGUUUAGAAAAUUUGGCGGUGUCCGCAUUGAGAGUGUUGUGCACGUGACUUCAAACGGAUGUGAGAACCUAACGGAUUUGCCUCGUGAGACAUGGGAGAUUGAAGCUGUCAUGGCGGGAGCAUCUUGGCCUUUGGACAGCGAAACUAUCCAGAAAUACAAAAGCACAUCAUCAUCAUCAUCAUCUGUGGCACCUGAAGCUCCAGCCACUGAAGUGUCCACCUGAAUUGUUUGCAGAGAAUUUUAAAGGUAGAUUCUUUUAUUAUUUUUUCUUGAAAAAAAAAACCUGUAGGACAACUGAUGCUAUUUGGACUGGGAGAAAUAACCGAUGCUUCCAAUGCAAAAGUAUUUGGGCGGCCGGAAUCUUCAACAGGGUUCUCCUUCUUAGGGAUUGUGCCCCCUAGUUCUGUCAUAAUCUAGGGUGGCUUGUUGAGUCUUCCAUCCAUGGGCUGGUGUUGUGAUAUUUCUACUUUUUGUGGUUUUUAGUUUGCCAGUUUCAGGUUGUGUAGCAUCCCUUUUUCUGUUGUCUCUCUUUUCCCUCUUUCCCUCUUUUUUGGCCCUGUGCCUAAUAAAUUUCACCUUUCAAAAAAAAGAAAGAAAGUAAGAAAGAACUGUAGAACAUUCCAUAUUUGCUAUAUUGUUAUUUCAAGUAGAAAACUGAUAGCUUGUCCCA